GAACUCGAACUUUAUUCUGAAAGGACUUGGGAUCGUUUCCUGUUUGUGCUUCGGGGCAACUUGACGAAACUUUCUCGGCUCUCUGGUUCUGUAAAGUUAAAGGAGUCGAGGUUUAGUUUGCCGCCGCCGGCGCCGCCUCCUCUCCGCUCGGCUGCAGGGGGACAGAGGACAGACUCUCACCAGACUCUCCUGCAAGGGGACACGGGCAGGGCAGCGGAGAGAGGCCGAAAAGCUGCCAGCGCUGCUGCUUCACCCCCAUUGCAGAAGUCAAGUCUGGUGUUUUCUCCGUCUAUGAGGAGCUUCGCCAUCGCUCAGUGACAGACAGACACGCUGUAGGUGCAGAGAGUCUCUGAUCAUCCUGCAGCCAUGGCCCAACCGAGCGCUGAGCUGUCCCUCUGCUAGGCGACGGGGCAUCCGACAGGGCAGGAGACAUGUUGGGACAGAGGACCGAGGACCACCGCACUGAAGUCUGUUACUAUAGCAAAUACUGUAGUAACCAUGGAAAAGCUAUGGAGGACUGCUCUGGUCUGCACUGUCGUCAUCCUGGUUGCCACCAAGUUCACAGGAGGUCACAAAGAUGAGUUUUCUAAAUCACAAGCUGCUUUCCUGUCCAGCCUAGGCCAGUAUGAGAUCGCCAUCCCAGUACGUGUAGGACCAAAUGGCGAGAUGCUGGACACAGACAGGACAAAAUACCACCAAAGAAGAAGACGAAGCACUGAAGACAGGCUGCCUGACUCUCUCUUCUACCAGCUGUCCACGUCGCAGAACAACUUCCUGCUGAACCUGACGCUGCAGGGAGGCCUGCUGUCCCGCCAGUUUAGGGUGGAGUACUGGAAGAGGGGCCAGCUAGCCUGGAGCCACCCGUACUCUCCCCAUUGUCAUUACACGGGUCACCUCCAGGACCAGCCGCACUCUAGCAAAGUUGCCCUGAGCAACUGCAACGGCCUGCAGGGGGUGAUUGUUGCAGGGGGAGAGGAGUACCUCAUUGAACCGCUUGUCUCACCAGAUAACCAAACCCGGACAGAGAGGGGGGAGAGGACAGAAGGGCGCCCCCAUGUGGUUUACAAACGCUCAUCUCUGCGCUAUCAGUACAAGGGCCGCUCCUGCGGGGUCAUUGACGAGAAGCCAAUGAAAGGCGCGUCGUGGUGGCAGCGGACCCUGAAGACGCCGCCUCACCAUGUCGGCCGCGGCCAGCUGCCCCUGAAGCGCUCGGUCAGUCAGGAGCGCUACGUGGAGACGCUGGUGGUGGCCGACAAGAUGAUGGUGGGAUACCACGGCCGCAGGGACAUCGAGCAGUACAUCCUGGCCGUCAUGAAUAUUGUUGCCAAACUGUUCCAUGAUUCUAGCCUGGGGAAUGCAGUCAACAUCGUGGUGACACGACUCAUCCUGCUCAUGGAAGACCAGCCAACACUGGAGAUCAACCAUCAUGCUGGGAAGUCAUUGGACAGUUUCUGUAAGUGGCAGAAAACGAUCCAGCACCGCAGCAGCAGCUACGGGAACGCCAUCCCGGACAACGGCAUCGCUCACCACGACACCGCCGUGCUCAUCACCAGGUACGACAUCUGCAUCCAGAAAAACAAGCCCUGUGAAACUCUAGGUCUAGCUCCGGUGGGAGGGAUGUGUGAGCCAGAGAGGAGCUGCAGCAUCAACGAAGACAUCGGUCUGGGAACAGCCUUCACCAUCGCCCAUGAGAUCGGUCACACGUUUGGGAUGAACCAUGACGGGAUGGGAAACGCCUGCGGGCCGCGCAGCCAGGAGACCGCAAAGCUGAUGGCUGACCACAUCACCAUGAAGACAAACCCGUUCAUCUGGUCGGCCUGCAGCCGGGAUUACAUCACCAGCUUCCUGGACUCAGGUUUGGGCUCCUGUCUGAACAACAUGCCGCCAAAGCAGGAGUUUGUUUACCCCACCACCGCCCCGGGUCAGGCCUACGACGCAGACGAGCAGUGCCGCUUCCAGUACGGUAUCCGAUCCCGGCAGUGUAAAUAUGCGGAAGUCUGCAGCGAACUUUGGUGCAUGAGUAAGAGCAACCGCUGCAUCACCAGCAGUAUACCUGCAGCAGAGGGAACCAUCUGUCAGACUAACACCAUAGAGAAAGGGUGGUGCUUCAAACGGGUGUGUGUUGCAUAUGGGACUCGUCCAGAGGGGGUGGAUGGAGGCUGGGGUCUGUGGUCCGCCUGGGGGGAGUGCAGCAGGACCUGUGGAGGUGGAGUCUCCUCCUCCGUCAGACACUGCGACAGCCCCAGGCCAACCAUCGGAGGAAAAUACUGUCUGGGAGAAAGAAAACGCUUCAGGUCCUGCAAUAUUGAUGAGUGUCCUGCAGGCUGCAGGGACUUCAGAGAGAUCCAGUGCUCUGACUUUGAUAGCACUCCUUUCAGGGGAAAGUUUUACACCUGGAAACCGUACAGAGGAGGUGGGGUGAAGCCCUGCUCUCUCAACUGCCUCGCCGAAGGAUACAACUUCUACACGGAGCGAGCUCCCGCCGUGGUGGACGGCACGCCGUGCCGAGACGACUCUCUGGAUGUUUGUGUAAACGGAGAGUGCAAGCACGUGGGCUGCGAUCGUGUGCUCGGGUCGGACGUGCGUGAAGAUCGCUGUCGGAUCUGCGGCGGCGAUGGGAGCAGCUGCACCUCGGUGGAGGGAGUCUUCAACGACUCGCUGCCUGAAGGAGGUAGAAAUCAAAACGCUUCACCUGUUAUCCUUCUGCUUUCAUCAUCCAAGUAUAGUCAAUCCAGGCUAGAAUCAAAUAAAAGAAAGUAUUUCAGUUUAAUUUCAACUUUGGAGCAAGUGUUCAUCUUCCCAGAGGUUAGACGGGAAGCUUUCACCAUUUGAAGGUAUGCAACACAGUCUGUAGUUGAGGAAAUAUGCAUAUCUGGCUUUUGCUAUCUUGGAGAGAUGGAUUCUGGGCAAAUCAGAAGAUGAAAACAUACUUUCAUAAUCAUGU